AGGGAGCCUGGGAAGUUGAGUUUGGUACCAAGCGGCAGCUGGGCUGUGGGGCUCGGCGGGCGAUGGAUAAGGAUGAGAUCCACCUGCGCAGGCUGCCGGCCGCCGCGCCCUGGGGACCACACGGAGACAGUGAGUUUCAUGGGGUGGAUUUUCUGCCAGACGACCUCAGCGAGGCUCCAGACGAGACAGGAAUGAGGGUGAACAAGAAAUACUCCUGCCUACCUGCUGAGGAGAAAGGGAUCCACAUCAUCAACAUCCGAGCUAUUGAGGAUAUAGGAUAUGACCAGCAUGAAAGCACACUAUUGAACUCCCUAUCCAAAAAUCCAGAUGCUGACUGCAAAUAUGGACUUUACUUCAGAGACGGCAAGAGAAAGGUGGAUUACAUCCUAGUUUAUCACUACAAGAAGUCCUCGUCUGGGAGGGCGCUCGCCAGGAGAACUCACCACAAUGACACAAGUGCACGAAGCACUAAGCAGGACCACCCGCUUCCUGGGAAGAGCGUGCAGCUGGAGAUGGGAGAGAGUGAACCCCCUGCGGAUUCCCAUGAAGACGACAAGAGGUUUCGGAGGGAGGAGUACGAGGGAAACCUUGUGGAGGCUGGCCUGGAACUGGAACAUGACGAGGAUACAAAAAUCCAUGGGGUUGGAUUUGUAAAAAUACAUGCACCGUGGAAUGUAUUGUGUCGAGAGGCAGAGUUUCUUAAGCUCAAGAUGCCCACAAAGAAGAUGUAUCAGAUCAAUCAGACCCAUGGGCUUCUGAAAAAGAUCAACUCUGUAAUCCAGAAGAUAACAGAGCCCAUCCAGCCCAAAGUGGCCGAACACAAGCCGCAGACAGUGAAGCGCCUCUCCUACCCCUUCUCCAGGGAGAAGCAGCACUUAUUUGAUUUGUCUGACAAAGAUUCCUUCUUUGACAGCAAAACAAGAAGUACUAUAGUUUAUGAAAUAUUGAAAAGAACGACAUGUACCAAAGCAAAAUAUAGCAUGGGGAAAGGAGAGGGAAGAAAGAAGGAAACUACCCUUUUAAAUAAAAGACGAAAAUGUGGUAAAUAUGGGAUCACCAGCCUGCUUGCCAAUGGAGUUUACAGUGCUGCAUAUCCUUUGCAUGAUGGUGAUUAUGAAGGUGAAAACGUCGAACCCAAUGACAGAAAACUCCUGUGCGAGGAGUGGGCGAGCUAUGGAGUCUUCUAUAAAUACCAGCCCAUUGACCUGGUGAGAAAAUACUUUGGAGAGAAGAUUGGACUAUAUUUUGCCUGGCUGGGAGUUUAUACACAAAUGCUUAUUCCAGCUUCCAUUGUAGGGAUUAUUGUUUUCCUAUACGGCUGUGCAACUGUGGAUGAGAAUAUACCAAGUAUGGAAAUGUGUGACCAGAGAAACAAUAUCACCAUGUGUCCUUUGUGUGACAGAACAUGCAGUUACUGGAAGAUGAGCUCUGCUUGUGCAACAGCUCGUGCAAGUCAUCUUUUUGAUAACCCUGCAACUGUCUUCUUCUCAGUCUUCAUGGCUCUCUGGGCUGCUACCUUUAUGGAACAUUGGAAGAGAAAGCAGAUGCGCCUCAACUACAGGUGGGACCUGACUGGGUUUGAAGAGGAGGAGGAGGCAGUCAAGGAUCAUCCAAGAGCAGAAUAUGAAGCAAAGGUUUUAGAAAAAUCACUGAGAAAAGAACACAAACAUAAAGAGACAGAUAAAGAAAAGCUGACAUGGAAGGAUCGUUUUCCAGCCUAUUUGACCAAUUUUGUUGGCAUUAUCUUCAUGGUGGGGCUGACAUUUGCUAUAGUGUUUGGAGUCAUAAUAUACAGAAUCUCCACUGCAGCAGCACUGGCAAUCAGCUCAACUCCGUCAGGCCGGUCCAGCGUCAGGGUCACUGUCACUGCCACUGCUGUCAUCAUCAAUUUGGUUGUCAUCAUCAUCCUGGAUGAAGUAUACGGCUGCAUAGCAAGGUGGCUAACUCAGAUCGAGGUGCCAAAAACUGACAAGAAUUUUGAAGAGCGUCUGAUUUUUAAGGCUUUCCUUCUGAAAUUUGUCAAUGCUUACACACCCAUCUUCUAUGUCGCUUUUUUCAAAGGCCGAUUUGUUGGACGUCCAGGAGACUACGUCUACAUUUUCCAUUCUUUCCGAAUGGAAGAGUGCGCGCCGGGUGGUUGCCUGAUGGAGCUGUGCAUCCAGCUCAGUAUCAUCAUGUUGGGCAAGCAGCUGAUUCAGAACAAUUUAUUUGAGAUUGGCAUCCCGAAAAUGAAGAAAUUUAUACGAUACAUGAAACUAAAGCGUCGGCGUUCCUUAGACCAUGAGGAGCACAUGAAAAAAAAGCAGCGUUAUGAAGUGGACUACAACCUGGAGCCUUUUGCUGGACUUACCCCUGAAUAUAUGGAAAUGAUUAUUCAGUUUGGAUUUGUAACCUUGUUUGUUGCAUCCUUCCCACUGGCGCCUCUGUUUGCUUUGUUGAACAACAUCAUUGAAAUCCGUUUAGAUGCAAAAAAAUUUGUUACAGAGCUGAGGAGACCGGUAGCAGUCAGAGCAAAGGAUAUAGGAAUCUGGUAUAAUAUCCUCCGAGGCAUAGGAAAGCUUGCUGUCAUAAUAAAUGCAUUUGUGAUCUCAUUCACAUCCGACUUCAUUCCACGCCUCGUGUACCUGUAUAUGUACAGUGAGAAUGGCACCAUGCAUGGCUUCGUGAACCAUACACUAUCCUCUUUUAAUGUCAGCGAUUUUCAAGCAGGAACAGCUCCAAAUGACCCCAUGGAUCUUGGCUACGAGGUUCAGAUAUGCAGAUACAAAGAUUACCGAGAACCCCCCUGGUCUGAAAACAAGUAUGACAUUUCAAAGGAUUUCUGGGCUGUCCUAGCAGCAAGAUUAGCAUUUGUGAUAGUUUUCCAGAACUUGGUCAUGUUUAUGAGUGACUUUGUUGACUGGAUUAUCCCAGACAUUCCCAAGGACAUUAGUCAGCAGAUUCAUAAAGAGAAGGUUCUCAUGGUCGAGGUCUUCAUGAGAGAAGAGCAAGGGAAGCUGCAAAUGCUGGAAACCUGGAAAGACAAGGACAAGAAAAAAGGUGAAAACUGUAACAAUCACAGCCCCAGACUCUCCAGGAGCCACAGUGGGAGCUUGUCCUCCUGCCACUCGUAUCCUGUUGACGUAUAGAAGAGGAGGCAGUUGAGCAUGUUGGGGCAUUCCACUGUUACAUAAGCCAUCAUGUAAAGGGCAGGACUUGACAAAUGGACAACCUGGUGCAUGUUGAAGGAUGUGCUGCCAUUUUACUCCCAUUUUUGUGAAAAAUGCUCUUCUGACAAAUGGGGAGGACCAUGAUCUAUUUCUGAUAAUGUGUUGUGUUUUUUUUUUUCUCUUUUGCACAAGCAGUAAUGCAGGGAAUUUUUGUAUGUCAUCAUUAGAUAACACUAUUGACAUUGAUGUGCAUUAAUAAAUGCACUUAGUACAUCUUGAUAGAGAUAUUCUCUAAGAAUUUGAACUUAGAAAAUUAAAUAAUUAAAGGUAAAUUUUAAGUAAUAAUAAUACUACUAAUUUAAAAUAUUUUUGGAGCCCUUGGCUUGCAGGUCUGUGGGACAACUUUGUAUGCAAAAUCAGCUUUAGAGUGUGCUCUAGUAUUCCUUUUGGCAGGAGAGGAGAGGAACCGUGCAAAGUUUACCAGACUUACUUGCUUUCAAAGACAUGGUUUAGCUCUGCUAGCAGACAUCUAUGAACCUGCAGGUCUGAAACAAAGCUCCCAUUGAGCUUUAGAGUCAAACACAUGCCUGAGGCGCUUGUGGCAUUCUGCUGUGUGCCUGACACCUCCGCUGAGCACUGCUCUCUUCACAAGCAUCAGGAAAGUGGAUCUGGAAGAGUCCUUCUUACCAAUGAACAACCGAUGUGGUGGAAGCUACCUUGGUGCCCCAGACUGCAUCACAUGUGUUUGAGUGGUCCCCCAGGGGCUCCUAGCUCGUAGCAAGGUGGCAGCAGCACAAUUUGGGAGAUCUUCCCAGCAGGUUGAUUACCAUGGAGUAUUUUGGUAAAUGCCCUGAAUUAAUGAGCACAUGUAGAGCUGCAGUGAGUCACACUGCCCUGCCUAGUACUUGGACACCAUUCUUGCUGAGGAGAGUCCCUUUUUCCCGUUGUUUUAGCACAUCCCUUUCUUAGCCAGGUUUUUCUCUGUAGCCCUCUAUGCUCUGCAGGAGACGGGAGUCUGCACGCAUCUUUCACAGCCAGUUUCCCCUGCAGACUUUGAACUGCUGAAUGGCAUUUCCCAGAGGCUAUGCCAGAGGAGUAAGUCCAAAACAUGUACCACUUACUGUCUUUAAUGGAAGUUUUGCCUGCAAUGGGGCUACAGGACCAGACCUUCAGUUAGUUACAGGACUUUUCUUUUGUCUUAAAAUACCCUAUCUUUUAUACAAAGAGCUUCCUUAAAGUACAAGUCUAAAGUCUUUACUUAAGAAGCCUAUCUAAAUCCCAUAAGUUCAAAUCUUUUUAAGUAUAGUACAUUUUAGUUUUGCUUUGUCAAAUGAUAAACUGCACUUCCAAAUAAUAUUGGUGCAAUUAACCUCAUUUCUUUUAUCGCUUUGUCUUGUCCAUGGCACUUGCAUUAUGAAUAUAAAACUGAAUAAAAUAAAAUGUAAAGAUUUCUUUAAAGUCUAACUACUGUAUGGUUUGUUACAAAACCAAACGACGUCAAGACUGUUUUCAGUUACUUGUUUCUUUUUCCUUUUUUUUCCCUUUGCCAAACUAAUUUAAAGAUUAAUGCUAGAACUUAAAAAAAAAAAGCCAUAUCUAGCUUUUGAUAUAUUUAUUUGUUUUAAAGUAUGUGAGAAACUUGAUAUUUUUCUGUAGUCUGUCCAAAGAAGAUACCAGAAAAGAUAUUAUGUGGAAGAAAGAAAAUGGUAUUAACCAAAUGUUCUUGAAACUUAUUUAAAAUAUUGAUUCAACCAAAGAUUUUUAUUAAUAAAGGGCUUAUAUUUUGUUAACUCUUGUUUCUGUUGUAUUUUGACUUGCAGGAAUGUCACUAUUUUUAAAAUUUGUAAUUUAUGGUAUCUUACAACUAUAGGGCCAAAUCCUGCCUGGUAUAUUCACACAAUAAGCAUUAUUCCUGGCAGUAAACAAGAUCAGACCCAUGGACUGCAGUAGAAAUAUGAGUGCAAAUAAAUUAGGUAAAUCCUGUUGAAGAAGUGUUCUUUUUCUCAUCCUUUGGUAGCCCAAAAGAUCCAGAAGAAAGCCAAACAUGAACUACCUAUUCUGAAGAGACAUCAUAGGGAACUUCCUCUAGGGGAAUUUCAUCUGUAAAUACUUAUCUGAAAGUGUUCCCAGCUUAAUACUGACAUUCCUGUAAAUGGUAGAACUAUAUCCUGAACACAUACUUAUCAGAAUUUUUCAUUGUUUGCUGAAAUCAUGAAAUAGUAACAGUGGCUUAUACUUUCUUUUGUACAGUAAAUUGU